CAGCAAAGACAAGACAGUCUGGAGAGAGAGAGAGAGAGAGAGAGAGAGAGAGAGAGAGAGAGAGAGAGAGAGAGAGGUGGGAGGAAACAGCUGCAAGCGGAUCCUCCACAUCAACAAGCUGGAUGAGGAUGAGGCAUCUGUAAGGAAGAAGAAGGGAUUUAGUGAAGACAGAGAGGGGGUUCCUCACGUUUCCCCCCUCCUAAGCUUUCUGGAUUUGCAAGAUCAAGAGGCGUGGAGCAUGCAAGAAUAUCCUACAAGUGGUGAAGCCAUGGUUUAGCUGAGCAAUUUGGCACAUUUUUUUUUUUUUUUACAUCACGCCCAACGACACUGUGCCAUUCCAAAUAUCUUUGCACGCGUUUUCUGGAAAGGAGAUGGCUGUUUUCUGGCUGUCGUUGCUGCUGCAUGUUGGAUUUGUGCUCGCAUCGAACCAUAAAUACGCGCACUGGGAAGAUGCGAGAGACGCUCAGACGCACCGUCUGCAGCUGCAGCAUCUCCGAGCGCCUCAGCAUCCUCCUCCAGCAUCACCCGGGGAGACGACGCAGAAGAUAGAGGAGCAUCUCCCCAGAGUGGUCAAUGCUUUCCUCCACACUGGCGACUCCACCACCUUGAAGCACGCCAACUGCUCCAGGAGGUACGAGCUCACCUCUCUGCAGGGAAGGUCACAACACCUCUCCUCCAUGAGCAGCGUGCUGGACACGGUGCUGCACGCCACCAACUUCCUCAACAUGAUCCUGCAAGCCAACAGGUCCAGGGAGCAGAGUCUCCGGAGAGAUAUAGAGUGGUACCAUGCUUUAGUGAGGAGCAUCCUGGAGGGAGAUGCAAAGAUCCACCGGGCCGUGGUCACUUUCAUCGAGGAUCCCACUGUGGAGGGGCCCUCGGUGCUCCUCCAAGCCACCAGGGCCGGUGGGGAGAUAGUCCUCCAAGACCUCUCAAGCGUGGUCCACCACCAUCUGCACAACCGCACGGUGGACACAGAGUGGUACCAUGAUUUCAGAGACAGGAAGAAGAAGCCCAGUUUCCAUAAGAGGGUGCUGAGCCAAGAUUUCACAUCAGUGGACAAUUCUUUAAAGAGAGGAGAGAGUUUUAUCCCGGACAAGACGCAUGUCAAAUGGUCUGCGCCCUACCUGGAGUGUGACAAUGGGAAUUUUGUCCCCCGUUGGCUUCUGACCUUAUCAGCUGCUUUCUAUGGCCUGAAGCCCAACCUGGCUCCUGAAUUCAGGGGUGUGGUGCGAGUGGACAUUAAUCUGCAGGAUGUUGAUAUCGACCAGUGCUCCACUGACGGCUGGUUUGCAGGAACCCAUCGAUGCAACCUGACCACUAUGGAGUGUUUGCCAAUCCAUGGUCAUGGAUUUGUCUUGGAUAAGUACACGUGCCACUGCAAGAAAGGAUUCUUCCACCCCAACAGAGUGGCUGUCAACGGCUUUACAAGGAUGGGGAAGAAAGGAAAAGCUGCAGACAGCGGUCCCAAUGCGGACGAGGGGAGUUCCAGCGACUGCCUGCCAUGCCAGGAGGGCUGCGCCUACUGCAAGGACGACACUCCCUGUGUGACACGAGAGGACGGCGCCCUCCGCAUGGCCGUGCUCUCCUUCCAGUGCCUCUGCUUGCUGAUUGUCUUCGUUAGCAUGGUACUCAUCUACCACUUUCGCAGGAAUAAGAGUAUCAGAGCAUCAGGUCUCGUCCUACUGGAGGCCAUCCUGUGUGGAGCUCUGCUUCUCUACUUCCCGGUCGGGAUCCUCUAUUUCCAGCCGAGUGUUUUCCGCUGCAUCCUGCUGCGAUGGGUUCGACUGCUGGGUUUCGCUACCGUCUACGGGACACUGACUCUUAAGUUGUACAGGGUGCUGAAGGUGUUCCUGUCCCGUACAGCCCAGAGGAUCCCCUACAUGACCAGCUGGCGAGUGUUGCGUCUGCUGGGCAUCAUCCUGCUCAUCGUCUGCUGGUUCCUGGUGGCUUGGACAUCUGCCGUCUGUCAGAACCCGGACAGGAAGUUGGCUCUCAUCGACGUGGGCUACACGCCCGACGGGCUGCAGUUCAGCAUGUGCCUGCUGGAUCGCUGGGACUACAUGAUGGCUGUCGCUGAGUUCCUCUUCCUGCUGUGGGCAGUGUACCUGUGUUACGCGGUGAGGACGGUGCCGUCGGCGUUCCACGAGCCUCGCUACAUGGCCAUCGCUGUUCACAAUGAACUCGUCCUGACGGCGAUAUUCUACGUCAUCAGGUUCACUCUUGCUCCGGAGCUCCAUCCAGACUGGAUGCUGCUGCUGUUCUUCACCCACACGCACUUAACUGUGACAGUAACACUGGGUCUACUACUCAUCCCCAAGUUCCUGUUCGCUGGCACCCACAUGAGAGACGACAUAGCGUCUGAGGCCUACGAGGACGAGCUGGACAUGGGUCGUUCUGGGUCGUACCUCAAUAGCAGCAUCACGUCAGCGUGGAGCGAACACAGUCUGGACCCCGAGGACAUCCGGACACCAGACGAAAUGGGCCAUCUCAGUUCUAUUAAUGGCUGUGGCGUAAGGUCUUGCGACAGUCUUUGGGAAAAACGUACCAACGAGGAGCUGAAGAAACUCUACUCCCAGCUGGAGAUUUACAAGAGGAAGAAGAUGCUGGCGAACAACCCUCAUCUCCAGAAGAAGCGCAGCUCCAAGAAAGGGUUGGGUCGCUCGUUGAUGAGGCGCAUAACUGAGAUCCCGGAGUCGGUGCACCGGCAAUGCAGCCGCGAAGACAAGGAAGCCGGAGAACACGGCAGCAACCGCAACAGCAUCUGUAUGCUGAAGAAGAACCCCUUCGAUCCGGUUCACCCGGUGAAGCCGGCGAAGGAGGAGACGCUCAAGAACAAGGUGUUCUCUCUCAAGAAGUCCCACAGCAGCUACGACCACGUCCGCGACCAGAGCGAAGACUCCAACAGCUCGGCGACAGACAAGAUGGAGGUGACCCCAGCUGAAGGCUCCCUGCUGGAUACACUCAUGGGCAAGAAGCUGGUCAAGAAGCAGUCUAGUGAGAAUAUAGGCGUCCCCAGUGAAUCUACGGAGUCGGUUCCUUUGGUGUGCAAGUCCGCCAGCGCCCAUAACCUCACCGCAGACAAGAAACCGAUUCAUCCUAGACCCUCCAUGCUGCAGAAGUCCCUCAGUGUCAUCGCCAGCGCCAAAGAGAAGACUAUGGGCUUGACAGGAAAGACCCAAAACACAGAGGAGAGCAAUAAGAAGAGUCAGCCAAAGAGCCAAAGGGCCAACGCAGAGCCGGAAAAUGAGUGUCAACCUAAGAUGAUUGUUAGCCAGUCGGUUGAGUACAAACAGACGGCGCCGUUGGGCAGGAUCAUGAAGCAGCCGGUGAGCAGCAGCCAGCCUACAAUCUGUCCCGAUCCAGUCAAGGGGAAAGACCUCUACGAUCUGUCUGAAGUGUGUCCUUGGGAGGUGGAGGAUCUGCCGACUCCGUCUGAAAACAAGGUCCAAAAGCAUGUGUCCAUCGCACCAGAGGAAACCACGACGGUUCACGGCGGCAGCACCAAGGGAGGCAAAUCUCAGAAGCAGAAAGCUUCUGAUCAACCCCCGUCGAGCCGGCAUUCAAAGGAGAUUCAGAAGACGACCGCUGUGCGAGCGGACGUUUGUCCGUGGGAAGACGGAGGCGAGAGUCAAGUGGAAAGCUCGAAGCAGCAGACGUACAGUCAGGCUAGCAAACUUGCUAAGACCCAGCAGCCGACAGAAAGCUCCAAAACACAUCGGGUAGAGGUUUGUCCGUGGGACUUCGAAGAGGCCCAAAAGACAACAGAGUUAGCUCGCUCGCCAGAUGUGACAACACAAAGAAAAGGCACCUCUCCUGUGGAUGUGAAAGGGAGAAGUCCUCUUUCAGAUCCACCCAAACCAGGAGGCUCACUCCAGCCGCCGUCUUCAAAAGUCGAUGUGUGUCCCUGGGAUUACGACAGCACUGCCGAGGCUCCGAGUUCAGAGAGGACGCCUAGUCCAUCUCGAGCACCCCAAACGAAGGAAUCCCUGUCAAAACAGAAGGGUACCCCUUCCACGAGAACAGUUGAGAAAGAGAAAUCAAAAGACGCUGAUGAUGAGAAAAGUAGAACAAAAGCUAAGGACAAGAGCAAAUCUUCAGAGAAAUACGCGAGUCAGCAAAAAGUGGCUGAGGUAUGCCCUUGGGAUGUAGAGAGUCUUCAGGAAGUGCCGGUGGUAGAAAAAAGGAAAAGCGCGAAUGUCGGAGCAGCCAAAGCAAAGCCGGUUGAUGUCUGUCCGUGGGAUUAUGAGGAUACGUCAGAUAAAAAGGGUACAGACAAAAGUGCUUCUGUGGUGAAACAGAGCAUCCCGAAUCCUAAAGGCGGAGCUGCGAUUGCUCCUAAGAAGGCAGAUGUUUGUCCCUGGGACUUUGAGGAUAGCACAUCGAGCAAGAAGGCAUGACAUUUAAUGGACCACUGAAAUUAUAGUUAUUGAUGUAUACUUUUUUUCCACUUUGAAAUCGUUAAAUAUUACCUUUUACUAUUAGUGCGGUGACUUGGAAGAAAAGUUGAUCAAGUUCCACAAGUUGCCUUCCUUUCCGAGGUUUUGUUCCUGUUUUACCUAUUUUGAAAAUAAGUAAAAUGUACAAAAAAACAAAACGGAGUCAUGACGAGCAUUCCAGAUUAUUACAGGAAAACCCUGCAGAUAAAUCUUAGACUAAUUAUGCAACUUUUGAUUCAGCCUUUUCACUUCAUGAGCAAUGUUGAAAGAUCUGCAUUCAUCAUGUUCUGUAUUCAGUCAACGUGGUUCUUUUUGUGCAUUCAAAUCAACACUUAAUGGACUUAAAGGGAUAGUUCAAGUGUUUGGAAGAGGGGUUGUGUGAGGUACUUAUUCAUAGUCAGUGUAUUACCUACAGUAGAUGACGGUUGGCACGC